AAAUCUGGCAGCCCCCGUCGGCCAUCUUUGAUUGUGAGCCAGGCCGCGGCGCGAGCGGGGCCUCACACACACUACUGGGGGGAAAACGGUGUGACACGAGAUAACGGGCGUGGAUAGACAAGGAACCACCGGACGACCGCGUACCGGUUUCCACAGUAACGGCCGAAAAAACUAGCACAGAACCGGGUGGCUCGAACCCACACCGGAGAGAUUAAAAACCCGCAGCCGUGCACGCGGUUGAGCGGUUCGUUGGCAAGCCGACGUGCAACGUAGCUAACCAACGUUAGUAGCAGAACCGGGCUAGCAGGCUAGCUAGCAAGCUUCUGAAAGCCACCGGCCGGACACACACACACACACGCGCGUGUUCGUCCUCCGCGAGCCGGGCCGACGCCGGAUUUCAAGUUGAGCCAAAGAAGAAAAGAAGGCACCGGCGGCAGGAGGCUGGUUCUGGGGGCGUGGCCAGAGGACCAGACUCAAUGAGUUUCCAGCGACAUGUCCGAGAAGUCAGGGCAAAGCACCAAGGCAAAGGAUGGCAAAACAAAGUAUGCAACCCUUAGCCUCUUCAACACCUACAAGGGCAAGUCUCUGGAAACCCAGAAAACUGCAGUGGCUGCCAGACAUGGGCUCCAAAGUCUGGGCAAAGUGGCCUCCAGCCGACGCAUGCCCCCCCCAGCCAACCUGCCCAGCCUGAAGGCCGAGAACAAGGGAAACGACCCCAACGUCAACAUCGUCCCCAAAGACGGGAGCGGCUGGGCCUCUCGCCCCGAGGGGGGGGAGGAGAGGCUACAGGAGACGCCCCCCCCACCCCAGAUCAAACCACCCGUGCCUCAGCCACCAGAGCCUUCUGUGGGGGGCAGCCGCUCCUGGGCCAGCAGCAAGCCGGCGCAGCCCGAGGGGGCCCCUCGCGUGAGCAGCCAUUUUCAGCAGGAGUUCCCCAGCCUGCAGGCCGCUGGCGAGGCAGAGAAAGGGGAGGAGCCGGAGGUGGAGCCUUAUGGACCGGGCCCCAGCCUGCGACCUCAAAAUGUUGGCAGUUGGCGUGAAGGCGGCGGCAGGAAUCUCAUCGCUGCCCCCAGCCCCCCUGAGCUGGAUGGGAAGGUCCCGGAGGAGGCCGCCGUGGGGCUCGGGCUCUCCACGUCAGCAGGGGAGGCCGAGGAGCCCGUACGCAGCCUAGUCGCCGACGGCAAGGAGGGGGUGGCCACCUCUGCCCCCCCGACUCAACCCAAGCUUAACGGGGGCCAGCAGCCUGCCGCCGGCGUCCCGACGCACUUCGACCCUGCGUUCAGGAGCAUGAUGCCGCCCUACAUGUUCCACGCGUACCCUCAGAUGACCUUUGCCCCGGGGCAAGGAAGCCUCAGGUACCCUCUACCGCAAGAAGCAGCCAAGAUGGUCAGGGGUCCUUGUCCGGUGCGGCCCCAGCAGGGCCCCCCCCAGUCCUGGCACCAGGACCCCGACAGACCCUCCAUCAUCAGCGCAACAGAGCUGAAAGAGCUGGACAACCUGGACACGGAUACCGACGAGGGCUGGGCAGGAGCCCAGAUGGAGGUGGACUACACGGAGAAGCUGAACUUCAGCGAUGACGAGGAACACGCUGCGAAGGAGAAGAGGGAGAACUGGGAGCGGACACGACCUCGCCCCCCCGACGGCCUGGAGGGCUGGGCGGAGGGCGGCGAGGACCGCGGUAAAGCCUUGUGGGCCGAGGGCGGUCCCGGAGCGCCCUCGCCUGGCGGGGCGGGGCAUUACAGCAAGUUGUCUGCCCCCCCGGACUAUCAGGGUGGCGGUCGCUCAGUCGGGGCGGCGCCCCAACGCAUCAUCAAACCGGCGGCGGCGGCGCCCGGAGCCGACGAGGACCCGGAAGCCUGGCGGCAGAAGCGCAAGAAGCCGCAAGAGGUCUCUGAAGCCGUGGAGCGAGCGAGGAGGCGAAGGGAGGAGGAGGAGCGGCGGAUGGACGAGCAGCGGCUUGCCGCCUGCGCCGAAAAACUCAAACGACUCAAUGAGAAACACCGGCCGGCCAAUGAGAGCAAGUCGCCUCCUCCUCAGGCCACCAACGAAGAAGACAGAGCGCCCCAAGAGGAGGAGUCCUUCUCGGCCUCCGCUCCCAGUCCUCUGGCGCCGGUCCCAGCGCCACCGUCACAGGCCCCGAUCACGGAAGCUCCGCUCCCUGAGAGGGUGGAGCAAGGCAGGGAGGAGGAGGAGGAGCAGCGAGAGGGAGCAGAACCAACGGUCCAGGACGAGGAGGUGAUGGCGGAGGUGCUGGUGGAGGAGGAAGAGGUGCACGUGCCUCGUCAGCCCAGCCCCCCCAUCCAGAGACCCGUGGUUGUAGCUGCGGAGCACCAGACGGAGAGGGGGAGCCCCUUUGAAGAGGCGGAGCCCCCGAUGGAGGAGGAGCCGGUGGGCGGGACCUCGGCGGCGAUCCCAGACUACUUCGGCCCGGAGGACGACCUCGUGGACGAGCCCCGCCUGCCCCCGCCUCACAUGGAACCCCCCAGUGGGGAAGAAGUCCCCACAGCGCCACCGCAGCUGGAGGGAGAAGCAGCCGCUGCUCUGCGUCCGACUCUCACUGCAGGAUAUUCCAAACAGUUCCAGAAGUCUCUGCCGCCUCGGUUCCUCCGGCAGCAGGAGCAGUUGAAGCAGCAGCAAUGGCAGCAGCAGCAGCACCAGGGUGGGGGCUCAGUUUCUCCAUCAGGUGGCAGCGCCGGCGUUGCAGCUCCACAACAACAACAACACCGCUCCAUGUAUCCACCCAUGGGCCCCCACCACCAGCACCUGGCCUCCAUGGGGUUUGACCCCCGCUGGCUCAUGAUGCAGUCCUACAUGGACCCCCGCAUGAUGUCGGGACGUCCUCCCAUGGACCUGCCUGCUAACAUUCAUCCUGGGAGGAUGCCUCCAAAGCAGAUCGUGCGCCGAGAGCCGGGGGACAACUCCAGCGCCGGCUCGGACUCCUUCGACCACCCGGCGCGACAGAGUCGUGAGCGCGGCCUGUUGUGGGGAUCGGAGCUGCUGCCACCCGUAGCCCCCCCAAAAGGACGGGAUGAUAUCAAGGAGCCCAGGAUGGACUCUGCUUUGGAUCUGGACCGGGCUCUUCCAGCCAUGUAUCCCCAGGACCACAGUGCACUGGACUCUCAUAAAAGUAACUUCUUCCAAGACCCAUCGGAGUCCCUGUCAGCGUUUAGCCAGGGCCCAGAGGACGUCCCGGUGCCGGCGGGCCCAACCUUUGACCCCGAGGAGCCGGGCCUGCCCAGCGGGGAAGAGGUGGAGGCGCUCGGUCAGGCCAUGCUCCAGAGGAGCGUCUCCCAGGGCUCCAGCCCCUCCCUCCAGCUGGACGAGCCCGGGUUCGAUGCGCUGUCCCAGGGGGGGAAGUCUGUGGAUCUGCAGGACGGGGAGCGGCCCGACAAUAAACCCCAGAAUGAAUACCCCCCCCCUGCUGAUGGAUCGCACAAACAAGAGAAGCUGCCUCUUCCAGCCUCGAGCAAGCAGAAGGCCGAGCUGCGCUGGGCCGCGAGAUCGAGCGCCGGACGCAGAGAAGGACCCGGGGGGGAGCGGCCCCUCCGCCGGUCUGGACCCAUUAAGAAGCCCGUCCUGCGGGACAUGAAGGAGGAGCGAGAACAAAGAGAAGAGAGAGAGAAGCGACACGAGAGGGGCGAACGAGGGGACCGGCCCAAAAAGGAUCCGUCAUCCAAAGCUCCUCCUGCGGCUGCUGUCGUGUCCGAGGCCUCUGGACCUCCGGGGGAGGGGCCGAAGGAGGCCCCCGAGCCGGAGGAACCGCCGACGGCUCAUCAGAGAGUCAGAGACUCCCAGGCCUCGUGCGGGCCCCCCACCUCCUCCUCUCAGGAGGAGAAGGCGGAGAAGGUGGAGAAGGUGGAGAAACCGCCCGGCAACGAGAAGCAGCCGGAGCCCAAGCUGCCCUGCAGGAAGGAGUCCAGCCUCCCCCCCCCCCGGUCCUACCGCCGGGACGAGAGGGAGAAGGACCUGGACCUGGACAUGGACAAGGAGCGGGACAGAGAGUGGCCCACCGACUCCAACUUCAAAGGACGCGGCCGAGGGGAGUAUUACUCCAGAGGGCGGAGCUACCGGGGCACUUACAGCGGCCGGAACCGGGGGGGUCGCGGCCGGAGCCGGGCGGAGUUCAAUUACCGAGAGCCCCGCUCGCGCUCGGACUUGCUUUCUGCAGGAGGCGCCGCGGCCUUCCGCAACCGAGAGGAGAGCGAGACGCGCAGCGAGAGCUCCGACUUCGAGGUGAUUCCCAAGCGGCGCCGGCGGCGCGGCUCAGACACGGACUCUGAGAGCGAAGGAGGCCGAGAGUCGGCCAGCGACACGGGGCCGUCGGACCGCGAGCCCAGCACCAAGGCCGCUCGUCCGCUGAGACGAGAGCUCCCCGGGGAGGCCCGGCCCGGGCCCCACAAGCCGGGCUUCGGACCCCCUCACAUGGGGGACCGGGCCGGGCCCCGAGACGACGACGGCCGGCCCAAGCCGGGAUUCCUCCCGAAGGGAGAGCCCUCUCGGCGGGGAAGAGGAGGAUUGUACAGCAGACGAGGUGGAGCGAGGGAGCGCGGCGGCCCCCGGCCCGGCCCCCUCAGACGGCCAGGAGCCAGAGAGCCGUCGUCCCAUUGGCCCUCUAAGCCCAUGGAGACGUUCAGGCCCGAGGACGCCGAGGCCCGAUACGACAACCCGGCAGCCGACCGGCGAUACCCGAAGCCUGAAGGCAAGCGAUUCGGAGACGUGGCCCCUCAGAGCGGCAGGGAGAGGCCUCGUCGGACCAGACCGGCACGGCCCCCCAGGCAGGAUAAACCCCCCCGCUUCAGGCGCCUGAAGGAGCGGGAGGCUGCCGUGUUGGCGAGUGGAGACGCCAUCCCCAGUCCCCCAGUCCCACUGCUCCCAGCAAGUGGCUCCGCCCUGUCCAAAGCCCCGGGGCCCCCCGGGACGGCUCCUGCCGAGGCAGCAGCAGGCGCCUUGCCGCCGAUGGACCUGUCCUCCCCCACAGAGACUCCCUUGCCGGAGACCAGCAGCCCCGCGGUCGGUACCAAGUCCCCCGACCUGUCCAACCAGAACUCCUCGGAUCAGGCCAACGAGGAGUGGGAGACGGCGUCGGAGAGCAGCGACUUCAACGAGAGGAGAGAGCGAGAGGAGAGGAGGGGAGCGCUGGAGGCGGCAAACGAAGCGGCCAACGCCUCUGCUGCGGCCCCCGUGCCCCCGCAGGGCUCCUCCACCCCCAGCAAAAGCCCCCCCGACGGACUGGUGACUCCCAGACGGGACGGGGCUCCUGUGGCCAAGAGGAGCUUCUCCAACCAGAGGCCUGCGGAGAGGCAGAAUCGUAGAGGCAACAGCGGAGCCAAACCGGUCCGGAGCUACACGGGGGGCAAGGGCGAGAGGAGGGGGGGGGGCAGGACCGGCCGCAAAGGCCCUGCAGCGCAGCAGAACUCAGAAGGUGGUGCACAGGGUGCUGGAGGAACAUCGCAGAGGCCUCCAAAGGACCAGGUGCGACGUAAAGACGAGGCCAAGCAGGCCGCCAAGAAGCCCAAGGAGAACGCGCUCUCUCAGUUCGACCUCAACAACUACGCCAGUGUCGUGAUCAUCGAUGACCACCCGGAGGUCACCACCACAGAGGACCCUCAGUCCAACCCCAACGAUGACGGCUUCACGGAGGUCGUCUCCCGCAAACAACAGAAGCGACUGCAGGACGAGGAGAAGCGGAAGAAGGAGGAGCAAACGCCUCAGACCUGGAGUAAAAAAGCCUCAAGCGAGAAGGGCAGAGGGGGCGGAGGAAAGCUGCCCCCCAGAUUCGCUAAAAAGUCGUCACAACAACAACAAAAACAACAGCAAAAACAACAACAACAACAGCAGCAGCCCUCCUCUCAGUCCCCUGCAGUCCCCCCCCCUCAGGCCCAGCCCCUCAUUCCUGCUCCCCAGCCUGCUCACCUCACCCCCUCCCAAGCCGCUGCCUCCCCCCAGGCUCUGGAAGGAACCGUGGUCCCACAGGCCUCCGCCCCCCCUCCCGCCCUGGACUUCACCUCAAAGAGUUUACUGCCCACGCAGCCGCACAGCACUCUGGGUACAGAGCUGUGGGAGAACAAGGUGGCGGCCCCCGCCCCCCUCCCUGAAGUCAAGAAGCUUGGUCCCAUCAGCCCCCCCCAGCCCCCUUCUGUGAGCGCCUGGACCAAACCGCUGACCUCCUUCACCGGCUCCGUCGGCGAGGGGGUGAAGCCGGGGUCGGAGGUCGCGGCGGAGCUGGCGAUGGAGAGUAUUCAGUUUGGAGCGCCGUCGUCUGCGGGCAGCACGGACAGCGACGGCGCCCCGGCGCUGCUGGAGGCCGUCUCUGAAAACAAGCUGCCCCCCCCCAAGGAGCAGCGACAGAAGCAGCCGCGAGCCGGACCAAUCAAAGCGCAGAAGCUUCCUGAAAUGGAACCAGUGGAAACCAAGGAGUACAAGCCGGGUCCCAUCGGAAAAGAGCGCUCUCUAAAGAACCGCAAGGCCAUAGAUGCCCGGGGGGGGGACGCAGAGGGGCUGGAGGGAGGAGUCCCCGGGGGGGUCGUCUGCAGAGCCACAGACUCCAGUCCUCCCAUCAGCGACGCCACCGUCCCCGAGCUGGGAGGAGACAUCGAGGGCAUGAUCACCGUCCCCUCGGCAGAGUACCACAGCAACUCCAAGGAGUCCGUCACGGACUACACCACCCCCUCCGCCUCCCUGGCAGACAGCGUUCCCACCGCAGGAGGAAAGAUAGAAGAGAGCCUGGUGGCAAACGUGGCGCUGCCUCACUCGCUGCCCCUCCCCCGACGAGAGACGCUGCAGCAGAGCUCCGGCCUGAGCACCGUGUCUCCGGCCACUGUGGACCUCACGCUGAAGAUGGAGUCGGCCCGCAAGGCGUGGGAGAACUCCCCAAGUCUGGAGAAGAACUCUCCGGUCACCUCCUCUUCCUCCCCCAUCACCUCCUGUGCGUCCUCGUACUCCACCUUCUCCUCCGCCUCCAUGCCACAGAUCCCCGUGGCGUCCGUCACGCCCAGCACCUCGCUGUCAGUCGCCGGCACCUACACCACGUCGUCCCUCGGCACCAAGACCGCCACGGCCUGCGACCCCCCCAACAUCUGCAAGGUGAAGCCCCAGCAGCUGCAGGGUGGAGGUCUGUCCUCCAGCAGCAGCAGCUUCUCUCAGCUGAGCUGCGUCCCGACCCUCCUCCCGCAGCAGCAGCAGACCCCCCAGGUGUACGUCUCUCAGUCUGCAGCAGGUUCUGCAGCUCAGAUUCCAGCCUUCUACAUGGACACUAGCCACCUCUUCAGCACCCCCCACCCUCGCCUGGCCCCCCCCUCGCUGGCGCAGCAGCAGGGCUUCCAGCCGGGCAUCUCGCAGCCCACAGCAGUGCAGCAGAUCCCCAUCCCCAUCUACGCCCCCCUGCAGGGUCAGCCCCAGCACCAACACCAACACCAGCCCCAGCACCAACACCAACAUCAGCACCAGCACCAACAUCAGCACCAACACCAGCCCCAGCAUCAGCAUCAGCACCAACACCAACACCAGGCCCAGCUGGGGCUCAGCACCGGCCCCCCCGUCUCGCAGCAUCAGGACCUGUUCAGUUCCUCCCUGCAGCCUUACAGGUCCCAGCAGGCCUUCAUGCAGAGCAGCCUGUCGCAGCCCUCCAUGAUGCUGUCGGGCCCCCCCCUGCACAGCUACGGCGGCGUGCAGGCCUCUGAGCUGGGGAAGCCUCAGUCCGGCCUGGCCUAUCAGCAGGCCUCCUCCGCGCAGCACAUCCCCAUCCUGUUUGAGCCGCAGCUCAACCAGCCCUCUGGCAUGGGGGGCUCCCAGCUCAUCGACACACACCUGCUGCAGGUAACCAGUCUGCACAAAGGAAGUGUCCCACUGGGCCUCAUGGCCCGUCAGGGGAUGAGUCAGCACUCCAACAUGUACUCGGGGCAGGUGCAGCCGCACGGCCAGAGCAGCUACUACAGCAGCACGCAGUCGCCCAGCUCGGCCAUGCAGCAGAUGGCGGUCCAGAUGCCCAGCUCCCAGCUGUCGCUGCCUAACUUUGGCUCAGGCGGAGGCCAGCCCCUCCUGGCGCUGCCCCCCACUCCCCCCCAGGCCCAGCCCCCCAACCUCAACCGCCAGCCCCCGGUCUCCCAGCCGUACAGAGGCUUCAUGGGCCCCAACCACGGCAUGAUGCCCCCCAGCAAGAUGGACCUGGACCUGAAGCUCUUUGGCAGCGGGAUGGAUGUGAAGCCCGGAACGCCCCCCAUCGGAGCCAGGAGCACCACGCCCACCUCCAGCCAUUACAGAGCCAGCUCCACCUCCCCCAGCAGCCAGUCCAGUAAGAUCAACAGCAUGCUGUACCAGAAGCAGUUCCAGGCCAGCUCCGCCGGCUUGAGGAUGUCGCAGCACUUCCCGGGCCAGUUCCCCCCCCAGAUUCUGUCUCAGCCCAACAUCGUCUCCCCUCUGGUUCGACCCCCCCACGUCAACUCGUUCCAGCGCUCCUCUAUGGGCCCCCCCAUGGGCCCCCCGAUGUCCCCCAACAUGGGCGGCGGCCUCAUGCCCCACCCCCGACCUCAGCACCCCCAGCUAAGCCAGCACCCCCCCCGAGGACCUCCCGGCCCCUCGCUGGCCCCCAGAGGCACGCAGUCGGGUCUGAGGGUGGAGCAGGACCUGAAGGCGAAGCAGCGGGCCGAGGUCCUCCAGGCCACCCACAAGUUCUUCUCAGAGCAGCAGCAGCUCAAGGCCCCGCAGGUCCCCAAGGGGGGCAAACCCCCCCUCGAGGCCCCCGCCCCAAACCACCAGGGGAUGAGUGAGCGGGCGGAUCCAGACAAACCCCCCAUGUCCACGGCCAAGCCCGUCAGAACCGGCCCCAUAAAGCCACAGGCCGUCAAACCGGAGGAAGGCAAGUGAGGAGCCGAGGAACCGGGUUCAGAUGCUGCUGCUGGACGAGAGAGCCCCAUUCACCCAGUCACCGCCUCAAGUCAGCCCCUGGGGGGGCAGUGUGGGGGAGGGGGACGCUGUCCCACCUCAAGACAACCCUCCUCCCCCCCCCGAUCUGGCCCCGCCUCCAGGCGGAUUUCUUCAUCUGAUUCAGAGGUCGAUUCAAACGGUUUGAUCCAUAAGAACCUGCUCUGAUGGAAGAGAAGAUUCAAGAUGCGAUUUGCUGCUGUUUUUUUUUUUUUAUAUUGCUCCCCGUUUUAACCCCCCCUCAACCCCCCCCUCCCCAGAUCACGCAUAUAUAAUCGGGGCAAAUGUGUUUUGCUAAAUUAAAGGAUGUUUGUGACUACACAAACUCAAUCUAGUUGAGAUGUGAUUUAGUUGUUUUUUAGCCUCUCGUCCAGCGUCUUUUCUUUGUUUCACCGUAACAGAAGAAAGAUUCUGAUUCCUCGUUAGGGGUUUGGACUGGACCACAGGAUCACUACGUAGAGCUGCCCCCCCCCGUCCCCCCCCCACACUCACACACACACACCACCGUAAAGCCCCCAGACCCCCUGCUGAGUGACCUCAGUACCGCUGCAGGAUGAGGCCACUAGAGUGUACCUGAGUCUGUCUGUGUGCACGUGUACACGUGUGUGUGUGCGCGUGUACGUGCAUGCAUGCGUGUGCACGUGUGUGUGUGUGUGUGUGUGUGUGCGCGUGUACGUGCAUGCAUGCGUGUGCACGUGUGUGUGUGCACGUGCCGCUGUGAGCAGAAUAAGAGAAAAGGUCCGACGCUGAAAGACACUGAUGUUUCAUCUCCUGAUGGCAGCGAUCACGCUUCAUCUCUGACCCGUCACAUGUUCAGUAGUAAGCACCCCAUGGGGGGGGGGAGGGUUGUGUCCUCCUCGCCUCUAGCCUGGGGUGGGGGGGUGGAUGAGGGAGGGUAAUGAUUUGUUUUUGUUGAACUUGUACAGGGGUUUCAUCGCUGUAUUAAAGUAUGUACGGUCUUAUUUACAUUCUCUUGGUUUGGUUACAGAAACUA